GAGGAGAGGGAGACAGGGAGGACAAGAGAGGCCAAGUGGGGGGUGGUGAGGGAGGCCAAGAGGGUCAUGCAGCUGUCAUUCGAUAUCCAAACCAUCUCUACAGCAAGGACUCCCCUUAUGCCUGUCGGAUCUCCUUCACAGCCUUGCUAGAUUCCCUUCCAUCUUCUCUCUUCUUCCUUUCUUAUUCUUUUUCAUCAUCUCCUCACCCUUAAUUUCCUUCUCCUCCUCCUCCUCCUCCUCCUCCUCCAUAUGGAUGGACUACUACUUGAGCUCUCCAUAGAUGAAGAGAUCAACCAUACUAGGAAGAGAAGAAGAAAGCCUUCUUUAUAGUUUACCACCUUUUUACCCCUUAUCCCCCACCCCUCUCUCCCUCUCUUGCUUUCUUUCUAUUUGUGAUCUCUUGCUUGACUUUUUCUAUAUUAGUUGUGUACUGUGUUUCUGUUUCCCUCUAGCUUGACUAGUUGUUGAUGAGGUGAAGGGAAGUGUUGAGUUAAUUAGCAAUAUAUAUUAUAUAUAGAUAAAUAUUGAGGUUGAGGAAGAUGACUACAUCUUCUAGUCCUCAGUAUAGAUCAAGGUUUGGAGACACAACGAUGACAAAGGUCUUUGUUGGAGGGUUGGCAUGGGAAACUCCGACGGAGGAGCUCCGGCGAUACUUUGAACAGUUUGGUGAUAUUCUUGAGGCUGUGAUCAUCACUGACAAGAACACCGGUCGAUCCAAGGGCUAUGGAUUUGUGACAUUUCGAGACCCAGAAUCCGCUCGAAGAUCAGUGAUCGAACCGAACCCGAUAAUUGAUGGAAGACGUGCCAAUUGCAACAUUGCUUCUUUAGGCCGACCACGUCCUUCUCCUCCGCGAGGGAGAAGUCAAAUUGGGAAUGUAUACCAAGGGCCAACAAUGUACACAAGAGUGCCAACACAAAUACCACCUCCUCUUCCACCACAAAUGAUCUACCCUCCAUAUGGCUACAUGACCUACACACCUGACUAUGCUUACCAACAAGCGAUGUAUAAUCCUCAAAUGGCGCCGCGGUAUUACCAUCAAAUGUAUGGAUCAGCACCAUCAUCAUCAUCGUCUGUUGGGUCACCUGGACCAUACCAAUACCCGCAUUUAGGGUAUACAAUGCCGGGUCCAAGUUCAAGGGGUAGUUUUCCAUUAGGCCCUCAGGCCUACGGCCCGCCCUACGUUCAGUAUCCGACUACCCCUGUGGAUGGAUCUUUCGGUCCAUCGUCUUCUCAACCAUACACAUUUCAACUCCAAGCACCACCACAUGCAAGACAACCUCUUAACACAACAGUUUCAGAUUCAUCAAACAUUCAACAGUCUUCAACAUCUGGAGCAAACUCUGGGAGCACUGAUGCAUAAUUGGAUUCAAUUGGAGUAUUUUUGCUGAAGCUCUUGAUUCUUCAAGUUGAUCAAAAGUUGAUAUUUGAUCAUCAACAAUGGAGCUAAAAAUUCUGAAUUUCAGUUGUAUAAAACUUGGCUGACAAAACUGUUUCAAAAUUCAUGUGAGGGACAUGAAUUCCCUCUUGAUUUUUUUAUUUCAAUUCUUUCAAUAUCACCUCCUAAAGCAUUUGUUAUUGCACUUUUUUUCCCCUUCAGUUUAAUUGAUCAGAGUAUAUUACAUGAA